GUUAUUUUUCGUCUAUUUCGGUGAUUAUACGUUUAGUUUUAGAAAUUUCUUGCUGAAACCCAAUUGCAACUGAAAAGUAAAAUGUCUGUAGAGUUACCUCCGGUAAAGCGAUAUCGCCGUGAAGAGAAAGAAUCCGACGACAGUGACCAAGAGGACGACGACAAAUUUGAGCCGUACAUUCCGGUUAAGCAACGAAAAAAACAGCACUUGCUAAAAUUAGGUCGAAUCGUUCAGCUGACGGCUGAGGCUUCCAACGUUGGCAAAUCUUCCAGCGAAAACGAGCAUGACGACGAAGGUGCUGAGGAGGCUUGGGGUCGUAAAUUUAAUAUUAGUCUGCUGGAUCAACAUACGGAGCUGAAGAAAAUCGCGGAAGCUAAAAAGAUUAGUGCUGUUGAAAAGCAGUUGAAAGAGGAAGAAAAAAUUCUCGAAAGUGUCGCGGAAAAGAAAGCUCUUAUGGGUGUAGCUGAGUUGGCGAAAGGUAUCCAGUAUGAGGAUCCAAUAAAGACCAGUUGGAAAGCACCAAGGUAUAUACUGGCGCGUGCGGAUGCGUCUCAUGAGCGAGUGCGUGAGCGCUUGCGGAUCUUGGUUGAAGGAGAAAACGUUCCACCCCCGAUUUGCUCUUUUCGAGAAAUGAAAUUUCCCAAACCCAUUCUUGCUGCACUGGAGAGGCGAAACAUCAGGAAACCUUCCCCGAUACAGGUUCAAGGUAUACCAGCGGUACUUUCCGGAAGAGAUUUAAUCGGUAUUGCAUUUACUGGCUCGGGCAAAACGCUUGUUUUUGUACUGCCCGUUAUAAUGUUUUCGCUAGAGCAAGAAAUGAGACUGCCGUUUAUCUGCAAAGAAGGCCCGUAUGGACUGAUAAUUUGUCCUUCUCGGGAAUUAGCAAAACAAACACAUGAUAUCAUACAAUACUAUUGUCAGCAUUUGCAAACGGCUGGAAUGCCUGUAAUUCGGUCAGCAUUGGCUAUUGGAGGGGUGCCCGUUAACGAUUCUCUUGCGGUUAUUCAGUUGGGCUGUCAUAUAAUGGUUGCAACUCCUGGACGCCUGAUGGACAUGCUGGAUAAGAAAUUGGUUAAAUUAGACGUUUGUCGAUAUCUGUGCAUGGAUGAAGCUGAUCGUAUGAUUGACAUGGGCUUCGAGGAAGAUGUCCGUACGAUAUUUUCGUACUUUAAAGGUCAGCGGCAAACUUUACUGUUUUCAGCUACUAUGCCGAAAAAAAUUCAGAACUUUGCUAAAUCGGCGUUGGUAAAGCCGGUAACAAUAAACGUCGGUCGUGCUGGGGCGGCUUCAAUGAACGUGACACAAGACAUAGAGUAUGUGAAACAGGAGGCAAAAGUCGUUUAUCUCCUGGAUUGUCUUCAGAAAACGCCUCCGCCAGUACUGAUCUUUGCCGAAAAGAAACAGGAUGUCGAUGCCAUUCAUGAGUAUUUGUUAUUGAAGGGUGUAGAAGCCGUAGCAAUUCAUGGUGGUAAAGACCAGGAGGAACGUUAUCGGUCUGUGGAAGGUUUUAGAAAUCAAGAAAAGGAUGUGCUCGUGGCAACGGACGUUGCUUCCAAGGGUCUCGAUUUUCCCGAUGUGCAGCACGUCAUCAAUUACGACAUGCCAGAUGAUAUCGAAAACUACGUCCACAGGAUAGGUCGUACUGGACGAUCCGGUUCGAAAGGGCUAGCCACUACGUUUAUCAACAAGGCCACCGAGCAGUAUGUGCUGCUCGAUCUGAAACAUUUGCUGAUUGAAGCGAAACAGAAAGUGCCUCCUUUCCUGGCCGAGCUUUGUUCAGAAACCGAGAAGUAUGCCGAUCUGGGUGACGGUUGCAGCUAUUGUGGUGGUCUUGGUCACAGAAUUACCGAGUGUCCCAAGUUGGAGGCGAUACAGAGUAAGCAGGCAUCGAAUAUUGGACGGCGGGAUUAUUUGUCCAAUACAGCAGCCGAUUAUUAAGAAAAUAAAAAAGAUUGUAAGAUUAGGUAUAGGUGUGGAGUUUGUCGUGCACGAGCAAUACAUCUAAUCAACACUGUAUUGUACAUUUUUAAAUGAAAAACAAUUUCAGCAAAUAAAUUCAAAG